AUGCCGCCGUACACCAUUGUCGUGCAAAUCCUUGACAGUGAUGUGGUGAGCGUUCAGUUCGUUAUCAACAGUUCCGUUGCUCAUGCACAGCAGGAGAUAUCCAAGUCGGUGAAGACAAUUGCGGACGACGCCACCGCUGGCAUUCAGGUGGUCAUCAAUACCAGCUCAGCAACAAGGAAGACUUAUUCCGUCGAGCGAUGGACAGUUAAGGACCGAUAUUUUUCCAGUCUCGGUUCUGCUCUGAUGCACGCCAGAGGUCAUCGCCUCGAAAAUCCUUGGUAUGAGCUUUGGGUUCACACACUCAACGGCCUCGCUCUAUGCCUGAACACGUACGACGUAAUGGUAUGUCCCCAAAGGGUCAUCGAGAUCCUCAAAGGCACGGUCGACUCGGAGAGCUAUCAUCUGCAGAGUCGUCGUCGAAUUCCGGACUUCGGAGUAGAAAUCCGGCGACGUGCUUCCGAUGGAAGAGUCGACACCGAGGCCUUGCUACUACUCGAGCUCAAACGCGCCAGUUUCUCGAGAACAGACUCGGUGACUCACAAGCAAGCCGCAGCUCGUCAAACCGUGAAGGACAUGUGGGAUCAGGUGAAAGAUCAGGCGCCCGUCGCAUUCGCUUACUACCCCGAGGUCCAAGAUCUACACUUCUUUUGCUGUGUUGGCUCCAGUUUCUCCCUACAGCACUUCAACAGGAAUCACAUGUCGCCUGGAGCUAAGGAGAAGCCGGCCACUCGCUCGAACAAGGCUACGCAGCGGAGUCCACGAAAGAAGCCGAAGGAAACCCAGACAACCGCUUCAGGCAUACACGAUCUCUUCGCCUUUAGCAAUCACGACGAGUUUUCCGUAGAGUUCAAGCAGAUUAUACAGUACAUCAUUCAGCACCGAGUCAAGUCGUUGACGCUACAGGGCGACUGGUUUACGCCUGAACCGGCUGCGCCAGAAAUCUGGCAGCAAUGGCGGUACCGGUGA